AUGCUCUGUUCCCUCGCACCCCUUCUCAGCUGGUUAUUACCCCAGACUAUUGAGUAUCGCCUUUUUGUUCCAGAUUUGGUUGGGCUUGCCGAACGCUUGGAGUCCGCACCCACAAUGGAUAAGUUGGCUCCGACAAUGGUUGUUGGACACAAAUACAUGCGUCCGCAUUCCGGACCAGGUUGGGGAUCACAGUUCCCGCCUCACCCACAAGGUGUUUUGAGUUGGGUGUCUUGCGUGUAG